AUGGAUGAAGAAACCCAGCCUUCGACCCAACCCUACGCAGACCCCCGUCGCAAGGGCGUUAACAACUCCGGACUGAGCCAGCAAGAUGUAGCUGAUAUUAUAUGUAUCCUACAUCCCAACUCUCCUGCUGCACAUAAAUCAGCCUCUAUCACUGCAGACCGCAACCCGCAGCAUAUUUUGCAGCGAGAUGAGUUUGACCCUGACCUCGAUGCCUGUGAAUCAACAUAUGACAUCGCAUUACGGUUUUCUUCAUUGGUGAAAGAUCAGAGCAUGGGUUUCUGCUUUGGUCGAAGCUCAACACGAAGCGAUAUCAUAUUUUAUCCUGAUCAUAGGGUGUCAAAUACUCAUUUUCGCAUAUAUCUGAAGUCCGAUGGCAUUCUCAUGCUUCAAGACACCUCUACUAACGGGACCAUUGUGGACGGAAAAUCCAUACGGAGAGAUGGCGGAGAUAACAGCCCAACAACCCAAAUGCUUAUGUCUGGCUCCGUCAUCCAUGUCACUGGGAAUGAUCUAGCUUCAGCUAUAAAGUUUGUCGUCAGGAUACCUGCCCGAGACGAACUACAGGCGCAAUAUACUAGAAAUCUUACCUGGUAUCUUAACCGGAUUCGUCAACUUAGCACAAAAGUGGGUGAUGUUGGGCGCGGAGAGAUGCCUGCUCCUGGGAUUGUCGUUGCUCACACUAACCACUCUCACGGGAUGCAUUGGAACGGUGGAGCCAAGUAUAAUGUAACUGGCCAGAUUGGAAAGGGGGCAUUUGCAACCGUCUAUAAGUUGGCAACCAAGAACGACGGUGCUGUAUUUGCUUGCAAAGAAUUGGAUAAGCGCCGUCUCACGAAGAACAACGUUUUAGACCAUAAGGUUGACAGCGAAAUGAGAAUCAUGAAAGACUUGGACCACCCUAAUAUUGUUCGCUUUCAUGAUUACUUCGACUUUAAUAACCGCUGGAUUUACAUUAUUAUGGAGUAUAUCGGAUGUGGAGAACUUUCGAGCUAUCUCCAGAGCGCUGGGCUUCUACCUGAAGAUCAAGUGCAGAAAAUUUCCCGACAGCUACUUCACGCCUUACAAUAUCUUCAUGCCCGGAAGAUAACCCACCGGGAUAUAAAGCCAGACAAUAUCCUCAUAUCUUCUUAUGACCCGUUCAUUAUUAAAUUAUCAGACUUUGGAUUAUCUAAGGUCUCACAGGAGGAAACCUUGAUGAAAACCUUUUGCGGAACUCUUCUUUAUUGUGCGCCGGAAGUGUACCCGGAAUAUGAUACUUAUAAACAUCAACUGCCUCGAAAAAGGCGGCGACCGGGCGACCCUUUACCAAGAACGUCACCGUACGACCAGUCGGUUGAUAUGUGGUCAUUCGGAGCAGUAGCCUUCCAUAUUCUUUCCGGCCACCCACCCUUUAUGGGCCGUGGAGAUGACAGGGGAGCCCAAAUGUUACGAAAUAUAAUGACUACGGAAGCAGAUUAUUCACUGCUAGAAAAUGUUGGAGCAUCGGAAGAAGCAAUCGAUUUUAUAUCCAGGCUGCUCAACCGCGAUCCCAAGGCUCGACCAAAAGAGCCAGAAUGCUUUCGACACCCUUGGAUCGCUGAAGUUCCUGAUGAGUUUGAGUACGAAGAAGUUGGAGAACCUAUCCAAACCGGCCCUCUUACUGAACUUAUUGCUGUACCAGAGCUCAGCGAGGAAGAAGACCAGGAUGAUAAGGAUGUUUGGGCUCGUGCAUGGUCUCUAGAGCGAGAACUAGAAGACAAGAGAGAGGCAUACCAUAAGCAACAGUACGGAGAAGAAGAACAGAAGUUAUCGUCUUCUGACCAGAAUGCCAAUGCAAAGAAACCCCGUGUGACAUUGGAACAAGACAUCGAGGAGAGGCAUGUCCAACAUCCAGAUGAUGUCCGAUACCCUUCCCUCCCGCAGUUGUCGAGCUACCAAUAUGAAGCCAAAGCCGAAGUGAAAUCUUCACCUAAUGGGCCCCGGCUCUUUGGAGAGAUCACUCCAUCUCUUAUCAAGAGCUCCGGAGUGCUUGGCGAGGAUUACUCUGAAGAGAUGGAUAUAGCGGAACUCGACGGAGAUGACGCCGAUGACUCUAGUGAUCAAUACGUGAUAUCUAACGAAGGCUCAAGCCUGAGCAAAGAUAUUUUCGCGGAAGUUGGCCAACCACACCCGCCACUUACGAUGAGGCCACCGCCGCCGCCGAAAGCUUCAGAUCCAAGUUUGAUGGGGGCGGAAUCAUUAGUUGGCCAUCUGCAUAUGCGUUCUGCUGGCCAGAAUGGCAUGGCAUCCGGUGGGCGGAGCGACGGUGAGGGUGACAUAGGGAAGCCGCUCGAUGGGGAUUCUCAAAAUAGCAAGAAAUACGCUUCCUCUAACGGAACGGCUAAGGGAAACUGGGCUGAACUCAAAGCUGGAACGGGUCCAGGUCCAUUCUCUCCAACAAAUAAACAUUCACCAUUAGGUGAUAAACUUACAUCUUAUAGAUCAGUCCCAAGAGAUACGAGCAGCAGUGUUGAAACGGACAAGCCGCAUAGCCCUGCGCCAAGCGAAAGGAUGGGUAACCAAGAUGAGAUUCCAAAUGAACUUGCAUGUACCAUUGACGAACGCACCGGACUCGAAGUUCCUUCUCAAUCGCAACCGAAUCAGGACACUAACGCGCACGCUAAGGAGGACAAGGAGAAAGGGAACGGAUUCGUCAAGCCUGCUGCAAUCCUAGGAAAACUGACGCCCCUGCCUGGAUCUAUCCUUGACCAGCCAAUCCGACUAGAGUCACGAAUGACAUCCUGGGGUCGAGGAACACAAGCGACCAUCCGCCAUCCAGACUCUAUGGACUUUCGUAUACCUUCAUAUGCUCUUGAAUUGACUUUCUGGGCACCGUCAAUCGAAGCUCGAAUCGCUGCUGGAGAGGAUUGGUUACAAAUGACUGACGUUGUGACGCUGAUAUCCACAAAGACCAGCCAAUGUAUAUGGGUCAAUGAUGUUGAGCUACGCAAGGAAUCCCAGAGCAAAGACGCAUUCUUGUUUGGGAGGAUAUACACCGGCGACAUCAUCACAGUGUAUAGAAGCAAGGAACAGUUUCUACGCUUUCGGUGCGAAUUCUACCACGGAAAGAGCCGGCUGGAAAGACCCGCAGACGAGAAACGGUUCUUGAUAGAAGAAUCGCCAAAGUCCUACUGUAAUAAUAGAACAGAGGGCAACCAGGCACCCAAACCAGAGCGGUCGCCUGUAGAGACGUCAGCCUAG